GUGGAGAGCGCCGUUGCUGCUUCUUCGGUUAUGGGUUCGGCUAGGGUUUGCUCCUUUUGGGGAGUUCUUUAUUUCUUUCCUAUAUUGGGUGUUGGAGUACUCCUAGUUUCAAGGUAGAGAGCCUUUAUGCCUGACGCGAAGAGAUCAAAUUAUCGUAUUUUAGAACAUGGGUUAUAUGAUGUUAUCCUGGUUGGAGAAUUGGGGAUAGGUUGCUGGGAUAAAUUUGCUGAUGUGUUUCUUUUGUUGGCAUGGGUCUGCGUAAUUCAGGAACCAAGAUUAACCAUGUAGUUCGUUGCAGGUGGCUGAUUUCCCUGCAUCGGUUGGCAAAUAUUCCGUGAUUCAAUUUUUAUGGCCAACGCAUUCAGGGAUUGACCUGGGUGAGUCUCCCUUUCCAAGAAGAUGGCUGAAGCGUGUAUGGUUUCGCAAGAUAAUAGUAGGCGCUGCCUCCCGGCUUGGAUGCUGAAGCCAUGCUCAAGCAAUGAAGUGUCAAAGACUCAAUAUCGGAAUGAGCCCGUGUUGGAAUCCGACAAGCAGGGAGUGGAUCUGGACCAGAUCAAGCCUGUCAGAAGGAAAAGGGUAAGGCAGGAUAAAACUGUGGAUGCGGAGGAUGCGGGUGAAUUGGGAGGUUUGCAGCCAUGUCAGGGUUUGAAAAAGGCGAGGAGAAAGUGUGUGGAUGCUGUCAAAGAUGAUCAUGAAGAAAGUGCAAGAAUAACUACUAAGAAUGCAAGAAAAGUAAGUGGACGAUCUGCUCCGAAGAACAGCAGGAAGCGGAAGCUGGAGAAUGUUGAGUUAGAAGCACCAUCAGAAACAAUUGAUGACGAUAUAGAGCUUACUGUGGAAGAUCUAGUGAGCAUAGCUGAAGAGUAUGUAAAAGCUGAUAAAGCGAAGAGGCAUGAAGUGGAAGCUACAAAGACAGCCAGAUACAAUGAGCAUCGUCCUUCAAUUUCCACCAAGGCAGAUUCAGGAGGAUCAAUAAUCAAUGCUCGAUCAGAACUGCCGGAAACAACAACCAAAUCAAAUACAGCUCCAAGUGAGUCUAGUAGAGCUGAGAGCAACAAACAGCAAGUACAGUGUAGGCCAAGCUUCACUGCGACAGGAGACGUUGCUCAAGAUAUGUUAAACAUAUUUUUCGGUCCCCUGUUGAGUAAAUGUUCGGGAUAUGAAAAGAAAUCCAAGGCUGUAGAGUCACUAGUCGAGAGUGCAAAUCAUGCAACCGAGAAGAAAGAAAGUGCAAAUCGUCCAACCGAGAAGAAUGACCUCCACAGCGAUAUUCAGAAGCAGGUAGAACCCGCGAUGAAAAAGAAGAGCAGCUUGAAAGAUAAGGUGCCCUUGUUUCUUUAAGGAGUGCAAAUGUGUGUUAAACAGUAGGUUACGACUUACGAGUUAACAGCUAGGAUUAUGCAUCCGUCAGUUAGCUGGUUUCUUAUUUUAUUUUUCUUUUCUUGUGUGAUUUAGCUGGUUCCAGGAAUCCAGGGUGUACAUUGCCUGUAAAUAUAUUUAAUCCAGGGUGUACAUUGCCUGUAAAUAUAUUUAAUCCAGGGUGUACAUUGCCUGUAAAUAUAUUUACUUAUAAAUGUAAAUUGUAUUCUUUGGCCAACAUUUAAGUAGGUUGGUUUUCUUCUGACGGAUGCAGUGAUUUUGUCCUCAGCAGGCAGCUGCUUGUUUUCCAUCUCGGAGGGAAAACUUUUCUAA